GCGCUUCACACGCUCGAGAUGGCCUCUUACUCAUAUAAUCGACUUAUCCUCCUCCUCCUCUCCAGUUUGCUCGUGGUCAAUAUCGCCGGGGCUGAAGAUGCAUUCUCCCCAAAAUCUUAUGACAGUGCGACACUUAACCGGAGCAGUUUCCCAUCGGGGUUUCUCUUCGGCACGGCCUCUUCUUCGUAUCAAUACGAGGGUGCAGCUAAUGUAGAUGGAAGAGGGCCAAGCAUAUGGGACUUUUACACCCACAGGUACCCAGAAAAAAUAACUGACGGAAGUAAUGGAGAUAUUGCUAGUGACUCAUACCAUAAAUAUAAGGAAGAUGUGGCCAUAAUGAAGGAGAUGGGCUUGGAUGCUUACCGAUUUUCCAUCUCAUGGUCCCGAAUACUACCGAAGGGAAAGAUAAGUGGGGGUGUCAACAAGAAAGGAGUUGAAUACUACAAUAACCUCAUCAAUGAGCUCCUAGCCCAUGGUAUUCAGCCCUAUGUGACCUUAUUUCAUUGGGACCUCCCCCAGGCUUUAGAAGAUGAAUACGGUGGCUUCCUGAGUCCGCGCAUAGUGGAUGAUUUCCGAGAUUACGCGGGUGUUUGCUUCAAGGAAUUUGGUGACCGGGUGAAGCAUUGGAUAACUUUGAAUGAGCCGUUUAGUUAUAGCAGUGGUGGAUAUGCCCAAGGAAUGUUGGCACCAGGUCGGUGUUCCGAGUGGCAGCUACUGAACUGCACCGGUGGGAACUCGGCCACGGAGCCGUACUUGGUGGCCCAUUACGAACUCCUUGCUCACGCAGCUGCUGUUAAAUUGUACAAGGAAAAGUAUCAGGCAUCACAAAAGGGAAAGAUUGGGAUAACACUAGUGUCUCAUUGGUUCGAGGCUUACUCAAAUGCGACGCAUAACCGCAACGCUGCACUACGAGCCUUGGAUUUCAUGCUUGGAUGGUUUCUGGACCCGAUAGUAUAUGGCAAUUACCCGCAUAGUAUGCGUUCUCUAGUUGGAGCUAGACUUCCAAAGUUCACGAAAGAGCAGUCUGCAAUGUUGAAGGGCUCAUUCGAUUUUCUUGGAUUAAACUACUACACGACAAAUUAUGCGCGUUACGUUCGUCAGUCUAACAGCGUGAAUGCAAGCUACUUAACAGAUGCUCGUGCCAAUCUUUCAACCGAACGCCAUGGAAUUCCCAUCGGUCCACAGGCUGCAUCAUCUUGGUUAUUCGUCUACCCAAAGGGCAUAUGGAACCUUCUACAGUACGUAAAGUAUAAGUAUGGCAAUCCACUGAUUUAUAUUACUGAGAAUGGAAUAAGUGAAUUCAACAAUUCGACCCUGCCGCUCGAGCAACAAUUAGCUGAUCCCAUGAGGAUAGACUACUACUAUCGUCACCUUUGGUACCUUCAAAGAGCUAUCAAGGACGGCUCCAAUGUGAAGGGUUACUUUGCAUGGUCGUUACUGGACAACUUCGAGUGGAACUCCGGCUAUACAGUCCGGUUCGGCAUCAACUAUGUAGAUUACAAGAACGGACAAAAAAGAUAUCCGAAAUCCUCUUCCCUGUGGUUCAGGAGCUUUCUUAAGAAGUGAAAAUUGUUGAGAUUAUAAUAAAUUAUAAGGAAACCGUACCAUGUAUGGUAUUAAAUUAUAUAUCAAGUUACCAAAUAAAGAGAUAAUUGACAAUUCUCAUAUAUAUAUCAAGUGAAUUUUCG